AUGACUAUGGAAUCUGAACAACAACUUUCAUCAUCGGAUUCAACAAUCGUUGGUAUUGUUGAGAAUAUCAAAAAAAGUGCUAGUGAUUCAUGGAAUUAUCGUGGUCUAGAACUUUCAAAUGAGAUGCUUGUUUUACUUAUAAGUCAUCCAAAUAUUGAUAAAGCUGCUGCUGCUCUUGAUGUAACGAUUGGCAGUUUAGCUGAUCCAAGAGAUAUUCCUGGUAUUGCUCAUUUUCUUGAACAUAUGCUUUUUAUGGGUAGUUCAAAAUAUCCAGAUGAAAGUGAAUAUUCAAAAUUAAUAGUAGGAAAUGGUGGUUGUUCAAAUGCUUUUACAAGUGAUGAUCAUACAAAUUUUAAUUUUGAUAUUAAGCCAAGUUCAUUAGCAGAUGCACUUGAUAUUUUUGCUCAGUUUUUUAUUUCACCACUCUUUGUCACAUCAUCGAUCGAUCGUGAAUUAGAAGCAGUUAAUUCUGAAUAUGAAGCAAAUUUAUUUAAAGAUACAUGGCGUAUUUCUCAAUUAGAAAAAUCUACAUCGGAUCCAAAACAUCCAUAUUCAGGAUUUUCUAUUGGUAAUAGAGAAUCAUUAAGAAUAAUACCUAAACAACGUGGAAUUGAUAUUCGACAAGCACUAUUGGAUUUUCAUAAAACUGAAUAUUCAUCAAAUCGAAUGAGUUUAGCUGUACUUGGCAAUCAAUCACUUGAUGAACUUCAAUCAUUUGUUAUUAAAAGUUUUAAAGAGGUACAAAAUAAAAAAUUGAAAAAACCAAAAUAUCCUUCUGAUCCAUAUGGUGAAAGCAAACGAAAAACAAUUUGCUAUCAUAUUCCUGUGAACGAAUCUCGUCAAUUAACAAUCAAUUGGGUUAUACCUGAUCAUAGAGAAUUAUAUUAUUGCAAACCUGAAUCAUAUCUAUCACAUUUGAUUGGACAUCAAGGUGAUGGUUCAUUAUCGUCAUAUUUAAAAACAUUGGGUCUUGCUAUUGAAUUGGUAGCUGGUGAAAGUAAUUCUGCACCUGGAUUUAGUUUUUUUUCUAUUGAUAUCCAACUAACUAUUGAAGGAUUGAAUCAAUGGGAACGAAUUCUUUAUAGUGUUUAUCAAUAUUUGGCUAUGUUAAGUAAAGAAGGACCAAAAGAAUGGAUUUUUAAUGAAGGCAAAAAUAUAAAUCAAAUGGAAUUUCAAUUUGAAGAAAAAGGACAGCCGCGUUAUAUUGUAUCAAAUUUAGCUGGUAGAAUGAGGGAUUAUCCAUUAAGUGAAUGUUUAUCUGGUCCAUAUGAAAUGCGUGAAUUUCGUCCAGAUUUAAUAAAUGAACUUCUUAAUGAAUAUUUAAUUCCAAGUAAAAUGAGAGUAUUUCUCACAAGUAAAGAGUUUCUAUCAAUUGCAAUAGAAAAAGAAAAAUGGUAUGGUACACAAUAUAAACAAGAAUAUUUAUCAGAAGAACUUAUUAAACAAUGUGAAACAUGUGAAAUUAAUCGUGAACUUUAUUUACCAAUACCAAAUAAAUUUAUUCCAACAGAUUUUCAAUUAUUUUCUAAAGAGAAAAAUCUUACACGACCACAAAUACCAACAAAGAUUAAAGAAAAUGAAUAUUAUCGUCUUUAUUAUACUGAAGAUUUAUUUUAUAGAUUUCCUAAAGCUUAUAUUUAUUUUGAAUUUCGAAAUCCAUUAGUAUAUGUUGAUCCAAUACAUGCCAAUUUGACUACACUUUAUGUUGAAUUAAUUAAUGAUUCAUUAACUGAAUUUGUCUAUCAAGCACAACUUGGAGGUUUAGACUAUGAAUUAUAUGAUUGUAAUGAUAGUAUUCAAUUAAAUAUUUCUGGAUUUAAUCAUAAAAUAAAAGAAUUACUUAAUAUAAUUAUUGAUCAUAUGAUUAAUAUUAAAAUAGAAGUAGAACAAUUUGAAAUAAUUAAAGAAAAAGUUAAACAAUCAUUACAAUUUUUUCGUCGUUGUGUUCCUUCUGCAAUGGCAAAUUCUGGUCUUACGUAUUUAACAGCUGAAUAUGAUUGGAAUAAUAAUGAAUUACUUAGUUGUCUUAAUGAUAUUACAAUGCAUGAUGUAGAAUCAUUCAUUACUCGAAUAUUAAAACGUUUUUAUAUUGAUUCAUUAAUGUAUGGAAAUUUAACAAAAAAUCAAGCAAUUGAGUACAUGACUUUAGUCAAACAAAAAUUUCAAGAAAAAUCUUUUUAUCAACCACUUUUUCCUAGUAUGUGGUUUAAUCAACGUGGAUUAAUAUUACCUAAUGGUUUGUUUGACUUCUCUUAUUUAUUUUAAAUUGAAUAUUU